AUGGAAGUCUCCAACGUCUUGGGAGCUACAACGGGCAGUACAGACCGGCAGCUGAGCCCCGGCGAGUUCUUCAGCUCCGACGAGCGAGAAAGUAAAGACGACGAUCAGAUCAAGGCCGAGCUACAUACCUAUCUUGCCGAGUAUCUCUGUGGCUGUAACAAAAAUACGUGGAUCACCAAGCUGCGUAACGUACUGAGAAGUAUACCUGACCAACUGUUGCCCAGCAUAACGGUCAAAGCAUUGAUUUCCAGCGCACCGGUCUUCUCCGUAUGGUCAAGCGACGUAUCGCAAACCUGGUCUCGAAAGUUGUUAUCAUCAUCUACCGGAUUGGCCACAGCUCCAGGAUCGACCUUUUCUGAAGCGUUCGCAACUCGCAAACAAUGCACCUGGUCAUCGAUGGUCAAGCGCGGGAUGAGCAUGGAUAUUGACGGUUCAAUAUCCCGUGAACCUUUGUACGUGUUAUCUCGUACCGAAGCUACGGGGCGAGAAUGCAUGGCAACCAAUAUUAGCGAGGCGAAGGAGCGUGGGUCGUACCACGAGAUCAAGAAGAUCGCCACCUGGUAUCUGACAGAGAGGACCAACGGUAAUCUUCCUGCCCUAGAUGAAGCUGCCGAGUAUGCGUUGCAAAUGCAAGGCAUACAAGAGCAACGAGAACAGGACAAGCGUAGGGAAGACCGCAAACGGAAGUUGGAAGAACGCGAGGAGGGUGAGAAGAAGACGACCAAACGAGCAAAGCACCUUCGUAUGCCAGCGGAAGAAGUGCAACACAGGAAAGAAAAGGCGGAACGAAGGGAAAAAAACCCGACAGCGACACCAGUUUCAAAGAAAUCCAGAGCCAACGUGGCCAAAGAGAAGCAAGCCACCAAACGAAUUCGUGCGAUCUCUUUCCGUUUCUACCCACGGCCUGAACUGGAGAGCACCCUCAGCGCUUGGUUACGCAUAGCGGAUUUUAUCGAUGAUCACGUUAAAGAAGUCCUCGAUUGA